GCGGUUCCGGCGCGGGGCGGAAGUGAGACGAGCGGGAGGAGGCGGCGGCGGCGGCUGUUUGUUGUGAGGGGCCGGAGCCGGAGGCCAAGCCGCCAUGACCAUCCUGCCCAAGCAGCAGGCGGAGCGGGCCGACGAGGCGGAGCGCGACGCCGCCGAGCACCCGAGGCCGCACGGCCACCGGGCUCGCAGCUCGCCGCCGCGCUGGCCGUACCAGGCGGCAGGGGCGGGCGGCGGCGGUCGCGACGAGCGGCAGGCCAGCUCCAGGCCUCGGGCCUCGCCCCCGCCGCACUGGCUGCAGGCCGCCGACGGUGCGGUGGCGGCGGGCGGCCCGGGGCCGGGCCCCGGCCUCGGCCUCACCAAGAGGCGGCACCGCGCCUCCCCGCACCGCGGCGGCCGGAAGACGCACCGGCCCAGCCUGCUGCACCAACUGCACCAUCACCGGCACCACCACCACCACCCCGAGCCCCGCGGCCUCCCCCUGCCCGCGCCUCACCCUGGGACGGCGCCUCCCGGCACUCCGGGCGUACCCGGGGCGGCUGCGGCUGGGGCAGCCGGCGGAGCGGCGGCCUGUGGCCCCGGGGCGGCGGCGGCGGUGGCCGGAGGGGGCAGCGGCGGGGCCGGCGGCGCGGGGGGAGUGGCCGUCGGCAGCCCCGGCGGGGCCGGGUCCGAAGAGCAAGGAGCUGGCUACAACAGCGAGGACGAGUACGAGGCGGCGGGUCGGGAGCAGCUGCAGGACCCGGCCAAGGUGGAGCAGCAGGAGCACUGGUUCGAGAAGGCCUUGAGCGAGAAGAAAGGCUUCGUCAUCAAACGGAUGAAGGAGGACGGAGCCUGUCUCUUCCGGGCGGUCGCGGACCAGGUGUACGGCGACCAGGACAUGCACGACGUGGUCAGGAAGCACUGCAUGGACUACCUGGUGAAGAACGCAGACUACUUUUCCAACUACGUGACCGAGGAUUUCACCACUUACAUCAACCGCAAACGAAUCAGCAGUUGCCACGGCAACCACAUCGAGAUGCAGGCCAUGGCUGAGAUGUACAACCGGCCGGUGGAGGUGUACCAGUACAGUGCGGCAGGGCCGGACAAUCUUGAACCCAUCAACACGUUCCACGGCAUCCACCAGACUGAGGAUGAGCCCAUCCGGGUGAGCUACCAUCGCAACAUACACUACAACUCGGUGGUGAACCCCAACAAGGCCACCAUUGGCGUGGGGCUCGGCCUUCCCGCCUUCAAACCCGGCUCCGCAGAUCAGUCGCUGAUGAAGAACGCCAUCAAGACGUCGGAGGAGUCGUGGAUCGAGCAGCAGAUGCUGGAGGACAAGAAGCGGGCGACCGACUGGGAGGCGACGAACGAGGCCAUCGAGGAGCAGGUGGCCCGCGAGUCCUACCUGCAGUGGCUGCGCGACCAGGAGAAGCAGGCUCGACAGCCGCGGAAAGCCUCAGCCACCUGUAGUUCGGCUACAGCAGCGGCCAGUUCCGGCCUGGAGGACUGGAGUGGACGGUCACCUCGCCAGCGCAGCACUGCCUCCUCACCCGAGCACCUCGAGCCCCACCUAGACACCGGAGGCAAACCCCCCUCCCCCAGCACUGCUGUCGCACUGGCCCUUGGCAAGCCCCCCUCGCCCUGUGCUCCAGGAACCAGCAGACAGAUGUCCUCGGGCGGAGAGCGGGUCUCGUCCCCGGCCGUGUCGCUGUGCCCCACCCUCGACUGUCGCGCCAUCAUGCAGCAGAUGUCGCCCACCGCCUUUGGCCUGGCUGACUGGGAGGAUGACGAGAUCCUCGCCUCAGUGCUGGCUGUGUCCCAGCAGGAGUACCUGGACAGUAUGAAGAAGAGCAGGGAACCCCACAGAGAAUCUUCACCAGACCACAGCUGAUGGACUGCCCCCUACCCCACCCUGCCCUGACCCCUUUCCCACCAACACACACUGCCCCCCUCCCCCGCCCCGUGCUAGGCACAAGAGACUUUUCUUUUAUUGACUAGAUGCAUGUACAGAGAAGCCAUGGAAUAAUGUUGCACCCACCACGAUACUGACCUGCCGUCUUCGGAAAUAUAAUUUUGUGUUAUUGGUUUGGCUCUGAUCUCUGCUCCGUCAGGGGUGUGAGAGGCAGUGAGCAGGAGAGGGAGGGGGGAGGCUGCUCCCUGCCCACGUUCAAGGAGCAUCUUGAUUCGGGAGAUGAAGACGGCAGCUGGCUGAGUGUGUUCCCUCUCUGGCCCCCCCCCCCCCGCUGCCUGACUGGGGAGGGUGUGGAUCAUCCCCUGGGCACUGGGCUUCACGUGGGCCACCUGGAUGGACAUCUCCCACAGCCUGGUCAGUGCUCAAGGCUGUCUGUUUACAUGGACUGGAGUUGGUUCGUUAUUGUCACAGGUACCAAGGUACAGUGAAGAGCUGCUCUUGCAUUCUGUUCGUACAGAUCAGAUCAUUGCACAGUGCAUUGAGGUAGAACAAGAUAGAUUGUGAGGUCUAGAGUCCAUCUUAUCGUACUGGGGGACCGUUGAAUAGUCUGAUAACAGCGGGUGGAAGCUGUCCUUGAGCCUGGUGGGAUGUGUUUUCAGGCCUUUGUAUCUUCCGCCCGAUGGGAGAGGGGAGAAGAGAGAAUGUCCAGGCCGGGCAGGGGUCUGUGAUUACACUGACUGCCUUACAGAGGCAACGAGGAGCAGUCAGAGUCCGUGGCAGGGAGGCUGGUUUCUGUGAUGUGCUGAGCUGUGUCCACAACCCUCUUCAGUUUUGCACGGUCACGGGGGGACGUGACUGUGAUCCGAGUCCCCAGGGAGAAGCUGCUGAUGUAGAAGUUGCUGUUCAUCACAACGGGCGGGCAUUCUGGAGCGCCUCGCGAGCCCAAAAGUAAAUCACGUUUUUAUACCCUGAAGAUCAAA